AAAUUGGAUAAGCCAAAGUGCGAAGAAAGACGGGCGACAAAAACAACAACAACAACAAGGAAGGAAUAUUGAAUUAUUUUUUUCCUGAUAAACCAAUUCUCUGUGGUAUAGUUUUAAAUGAAUCUAGCAUAGUUGUGAAUUUAGUGUAUUUUCAAAAUUGCGAAUCAAACAUUUUUAACAUCAAGGUCACGUGCAUUUUCAAGCUUUUGUCUGACAAAAAAAUCGAAGGUCAUUUGCUGAUAACCGUACAUGACUUGUUGCCCUUUGUUUGUUUUCAUAAACAGAAAAGAACACUGAAACGAAAGACAAGAACUUUACCCCUCUGCGGAAAAGGAAAACAGAAGAAAUUGGAGUACAUAUUUGAAACACCAAAAAUCAACGGAUACAGCAAAACUAAUGCAAGGCGUCUGGCGACAUAACAUACUUUGCAUAGACGCCCUUGUUCGCCAUCAAUACACAAUAUUAUUGCAAGGAUCGGCUGUGUGAAGUCCCCCUGCGGAUAAUAGUUCUCCUACUCCACGUUGAACGUAAAGCUAAAACCAACCCACGAUGCCACCGGCAAACAACAACAGCAACAACAACGAUGAUUUGCCCCCGCCCAAGGCGGACUUUAGCGCCCCUCCGCCGUACGAGGCGACGGACAACCUCAAUCAUCAGUACGCUCAACCCCAGGAGAUGGCCGCCACGGUAAAGCUGCCGACGUACGAAGAAGUUCAGAUGGAAAAAAUGAUCAACCACGAGUUGCCGAUUCCGCCGGGUUCCACGGGACACAUGCUGCCACCGCCACCACCCAGCAUCACGGGCCUUCCCCUCGGCGGACGGGGCGGAGUUGGACCGAACGGAACCGGACCGGCCGUCACAUUCAUCGCCAUCGACGCAGACGGAGAAAACAUCAACGCCGACAACAGUCUGCUGGGAACGGACAUUGUCUUCGUGACGGCUUUCCUGGUAGCGUUCCUGUUCAACUGGAUCGGAUUCCUGAUGCUGACCUGCUUCUGUCACACCAUCGCGGCCCGUUACGGUGCGCUCAGCGGAUUCGGCCUCUCGCUGGCCAAGUGGACCCUGAUCGUGAAGCACUCGACCGAUUUCGCCUCGCACGAAAACUCGUGGCUUUGGUGGCUCAUCAUGGCCUUUGGAUUCCUCAUCUGCGUCCGGGCCCUCGUCCAAUACAUCAGCAUCAAGCGAACCUGGCGACUGCUGUCGACUUCGGCCCAGGAACGGUUGCUGUUCUUUUACUGAGUCUCGUGUGUCGCUUAAGCAAAAGCGAUCGGAUUUUAGGACCAUCUUUACCAAGCAGCUUACACAAUCAACACACACACACACUCACGCAACAAGCAGCGUUUGGAUUGAGUUUUGUGAUACAACAACAAAUAACCCCGCUCAUCUCUGAUUUCCUUGCAGUUUUAGUUAGUUUAGAAAAGGAGGCAGAUGGAGAAAAAAAGGCAGUUGAAUAACUCACGUUUUACACACACACACUCUCAAACAUUCCCUUUGGUCCCGUAUUUGCCACAAAAAACACACAUAUUGUUCACAUCCGCGUGGAAUAGUUUUGUGGUGAAAGCAUG